AUGAGCCCGACGCCCGUCCACGUCACGGGCAAGCGCAAAUCACCGUCCUGGCCAACCCCAGCCACGGACCCUGAAGGCGUUCUCUCCCCCAAGAAGAGACGGAGGUCCCUGGCCUCGGUGCGAGCCAGCCGCCUCCUCGCUCGACACCGACCUGCCCUGGAGAAUCUGCCGACAGAGCUGCUCGAGAUGAUCCUCCUGUACUCUGCCAACCUCGCGCUUCCUCGCUCGAGCCCCAUCAUAGGCUCCAAGCUUUCGGCAAAGGCCACCUUGCUCCGCUUGUUCGUCAUGGCCUUUCACGACACGUGGGACAAAUGGUUUGGCAUCCUUCGGCUGCAGCGCCAGUGUCAGCCGGCCAACCGCCGCGAUAUGGCUCGGUAUCAAGACGCGCAAUACGCGCAAGACGCGCAAGACUUGCACUGCCAGAUGCUCCUCGGCGAGUGCUCGCACCUCGACGCCCGGGCUUGCUUUGAAGCGGAUUACGAGCGAGCCGCCGGGUGGCCCGCCUUCCAGGCCGAGCAAGCGAGUCGUUGGGGAACGCAAGACGUCCACCCCAUGGUGCGGCUACCAGUGCAGCUCGUCACCGGCCCGUGGGACCAAGAGAGCAGACGCCGUCUCUUCUGGCUCACCCGCGGGGGCGUCCGCCUGGGCAGCCACGACGCAAACCUGGCCAGCUGGGAAGUCAAGCUGCAGUGCCUCGACAACGCCGUCGUGUUCGCCGAGGAGCCGGACGCGCUCGUCAUCAACUGCCUGGUCAGCCGCUGGGCCCUGACCGGCCUGCCAGAAGACGUGGUGCGCAAGCGGCUGGUCCAUCUGGACAGGAGGAUCGAGUGGGGGGGCGACCCCCCGGCAGUCAAGGACGUUUUGCGACGCACGGCGGACGCGUUGAACGCGGACGCGCAGUUUGAUCGCAGCAACCACGUGGCGGCGGCGUGCGGCAGGUUUUGA